AUGGCCUCCGAGUCAAAUUCCCGUGCUCGCUCGCAAAUCGAGGCCCUCUUGAGCCUCAUAUCCUCGUCAACCCAAGCAGCCAUGUCAGAGUACGAGAAGACCGGUCAUGGCAUUCCUAGCCCCAACUCCUCGGAAUCUCAUCCAUUGGACGAUGAAGUUGGUGCCCUUGCGUUAAAAACGGCCAUACGGACACUCGAAGGUGCCUGUGAAAGGUUAUGCACUACUCUCGCUCAACCGAUGCAUACGCUAAUCAACCGCGCCAUGCCAUACGAGGCACCUUGUCUCAAGUUUGUCGUUGAGGAAGGGAUAGCCGAUAUCCUUGAAACCACUGCUCCAAAUGGCGCCAAAGGAAUGCACGUCGAUGAUAUUGUUACUAAGAUGAAGAAUAAAGCUGACCCGGAGAAGAUCGGCCAGGUGAUGCUUCUUCUGUCGACUAGAGGGUGUUUCCAAGAAGUCUCAAAAGACGUCUACGCUAACAACCGCAUCUCCCUCCCACUACUAUUGUCCAGUCCGAUAUCUUCGACCAUUUCGCUCUAUUCGGGAGAGAUCCUCCAAGGCGUCGCCAUGUUACCUGAGGCACUCGUGCAUCCGGAAUAUGCAUCCAGCAGGAAGGUCAACAAAAGCAGCUUUUCGUAUCUGAUAAGAAAUGAGAUGGAGAAUGCUUCGUAUUUCGAUUGGAUCCAGUCAAAUCCACAUGCAGGAAAGCGCUUUCAACGAGCCAUGGUGGGAUUUAGCCGUACUGUUGGUUCCCCAGAUGCAGUUGUACAAGUGUAUCCUUGGGAACAAUUACUGUCUCCUGCUUCUGGGAAGAACUUCCUAGAAUUUUGCGACGUUGGUUCAGGACCGGGCGUCGUCUCGUUAGCACUCUCCAAAUCUUACCCCAACAAGUUCAAGAUUAUUCUUCAAGACCUGCCUCAACCGCUCGAACACACAAAAACACUCUGGUUGGCUGAACAUCCAGGAGCGGAUGUUCGGUUUGUUCCUAUCAAUUUCUUGAAAGAGUCGCCGAUCUCUGGGCAAGAUGUUUAUUUCCUGAGCUACAUCAUCCUCGACUGGCCAGAUUCAGAUGCAAUUAUAAUUCUGAAGAACGUUGCUAAGGCGAUGAAGAGUUCAAGCCGGCUAAUCCUUCAUGAAUAUAUCCUUCAACAUGCCUAUCAUGACCAAGGCUCUAUCGGAUCUAGCGAACUGGCCCCAGAACCACUUCUCCCAAACUACGGUUGCGUUCGGCCCGUCAACUGCAAUGUCAUUAUGCUCGCUCUAUACAAUAGUUGCAUAAGAACAAGUGAAGACUUUAUAGCGCUCGGGCGAAAAUCUGGUCUUGAACUGGUGAAGUUAUGGCCGCUAUCAGAAACGUGUCUGAUCGAGUUCAGGCUAGCGAGUUAA